ACCAGAAACGGGAGGCGUUGCUGCUGCAACACCGCGCCCCGGCUACAAGGGUCCUAAGGGGCUUCUGAGGGGUUGCUUCGGCCUCACACACCGCCUUUCCCUGCCGGAGAUCAGGGAGGGCCCGGAGGCGCCCCGCGAUCCCCCGCGGCCCCCCCCCGGCGCGAUGGUUGGGACCUGAGGCCACGCCCCCUUGGCGGCGCUCCCGGCUGCUUGUCCGCCGCGGCGCGAGCCUCCGGGUCCAGCUAGCUCUUCCCGGGCGCGUCCGGGCCUUCCUCUCGCCGCCUUCCCGCUCCGCCCGCAGCUAGACGAUCCCCGACCCCCUUCUUCAUGGCGUCGCUUCUGUGCUGUGGGCCCAAGCUGGCCGCCUGCGGCAUCGUCCUCAGCGCCUGGGGGGUGAUCAUGUUGAUCAUGCUCGGAAUCUUUUUCAAUGUCCAUUCGGCCGUGCUGAUCGAGGACGUCCCUUUCACCGAGAAAGAUUUUGAGAAGGACCCCCAGAAGAUAUAUGACCUGUACGAGCGAGUCAGCUACAACUGCUUCAUCGCCGCGGGCCUCUACCUCCUGCUCGGAGGCUUCUCUUUCUGCCAAGUCCGGCUCAACAAGCGCAAGGAGUACAUGGUGCGCUAGCGCUCCGCCGGCCCCCCGUCCGCCCCCCUCUAUUUAAAGACUCUCUCCAGGGGCUCGUGCCCCCGCCUCCGCCCCCAUGCCGGCGCCCCCGGCGAGACUGAAGCCCUCGCUGGCCGGCGUCCUGGCCCCGCGCGGGGAGUCUGGGGUCGGCCGUCCCCCGUCCCUCCACAAUAAAGCGGAACUGUCCUGCUGA